AGGUGGAGGAGGAGGGGGGAGGAAGAGGGCGCAGCCGGAGCUCACGUUCAUUAACGACCACCGACAACCGGGAAGCCCGAGCCUCCUCCCGGCAGCAUCACAGCCUCACGCAGCCGGGGACCAUGGUCGCAGUGCGGGCGUCCCUCUCAUCGUCCCCGCCGGCGGAGUGGAUCUGCUGCCUGGAUAAAAGGCCAUCAGAGCGCUCAGGGGAAGAUGUGGACAUUAUUCUGACCAGACUGAGAGAAGUCAAAACCUUCCAGAGAUUUCCACCCCCACUCCUACUACAGAUCUGUGCCUGCUCCUUCUAUGAAUGUCUGGAGAAGGGCAUCACACUGUUUCGACAGGGAGAUAUAGGCACCAGCUGGUAUGCUGUCCUGUCUGGUUCUUUGGACGUCAAAGUGUCAGAAACCGCCAAUCAUCAGGAUGCUGUCACUAUCUGCACGCUGGGGAUCGGAACAGCCUUCGGAGAGUCCAUCCUGGACAACACUCCUCGUCACGCUACCAUCGUCAGCAGAGAGGCCAGCGAGCUGCUUCGGAUUGAACAGCGGGAGUUCAAGAGCCUCUGGGAGAAGUAUCGUCAGAGCCUGGCUGGAUUGUUGGCCCCACCUUAUGGCGCCAUGGAGAGUGGAUCUAACAAUGACAGACUCACAGACAAAGACAACAUGAACUCAGACUCUGCAAACAAAGCCCAUAACAAGAUUCCCUCAGAGAAGCUGAGGAGAGCAGGAAAAGUGCUCCGCAACGCCAUCCUGUCGAGAGCACCGCACAUGAUUCGAGACAGGAAGUACCACCUCAAAACGUACAAACAGUGCUGUGUUGGCACGGAGCUGGUGGACUGGUUGGUGAUGCAGAGCGCCUGUGUGCUCACACGCUCCCAUGCUGUCGGCAUGUGGCAGGCACUGCUGGAGGAAGGAGUGCUUAAUCAUGUGGACCAGGAGCUGGGUUUUCAGGACAAGUACCUGUUCUAUCGGUUUCUUGAUGAUGAAGAGGAGGACACACCACUACCUAGUGAGGAAGAGAAGAGAGAGAGUGAGGAAGAGCUGCCUGAGACCAUCCUCUUUCUGGCUCAGAUUGGCCCUGAUGCACUGCUGCGCAUGAUCCUCAGGAAAUCGCCGGGUCAGAGGACAGGCGAUGACUUAGAGAUCAUCUAUGAUGAGCUGCUUCACAUCAAGGCCUUAGCUCACCUCUCCAACACUGUAAAGCGGGAACUGGCGAGCGUGGUGAUCUUUGAGUCGCAUGCGAAGGCUGGAACUGUGUUGUUUAACCAAGGAGAGGAGGGCACAUCUUGGUACAUCAUCCAGAAGGGCUCCGUUAAUGUGGUUAUUUAUGGAAAGGGUGUAGUCUGCACACUUCACGAGGGCGAUGACUUUGGGAAGUUAGCCUUGGUUACAGAUUCACCUCGUGCUGCCUCCAUCGUCCUGAGAGAGGACAACUGCCACUUCCUGCGUGUGGAUAAGGAGGACUUCAACAGGAUACUCAGGGACGUGGAAGCCAACACCGUGCGUCUGAAAGAGCAUGAACAAGUUGUGUUGGUUUUAGAGAAGAGUCCUCGAGCAUCCACACUGGGAAGUAUCAAAUACACUGUGAUAUCAGGGACACCAGAGAAGAUUCUUGAUCACUUCCUGGAGACCAUGAGACUGGACAUUCAUCACAACGAACCAGACCCAGCAGUAGAUGAUUUUGUCCUCAUGCACUGUGUUUUCAUGCCAAACAGCCAACUAUGUCCUCUACUCAUGACACACUACCAUGCAGCAUCCCCUCCGGGCUCUGAACAGGAGAGGCUGGAUUACACCCUCAACAAUAAGAGGAGGGCCCUCAUUCUGGCCCUGCGCUGGGCAAACGCACACACAUACCUGCUACAGGAGGAACCCGCUGCCAUCUCUUUCCUGGAGGAGUUGUACGGCAGUGCGUCUAAUGACUCUCGGACACUGAGAGGUCUAAAGGACUUGAUUCCUGACCUGGAGAAAGCAGUGAAAUUACACUCAGAUGAAGUCAAAUCAAAUAAAAAGAAGACACUGAUACGGCAAUUCAGCAAUGGAGAGGAAAGGCUGCAGAAGAAACAACCCAUAAGGAAUCAAGAUGACAUCCUCCUGAAGGUGUACUGCAGUGAUCACACCUACACGACAAUCAGGAUUGCAGUGGCAGCAACCGGGAGGGAAGUGAUCGCUGCUGUGGGCGACAAACUUGGCACCACUAACGAGCUCCUGCUGGUCCACCUCAGCUCUGCUGCUGAAAAACAAAUCUUGAAGCCUAACGAUGUAUCGGUGUUUUCCACGUUAAGCAUCAAUGGGAGAUUGUUCACCUGUCCUCGAGACCAGCUCAAUAAUGUGACUCCUCUUCCAGAUCAGGAGGGCCCCUCUGCAGGCUCCAUGUCAACGUUUGAGCUGAUGAGCUCCAAAGACCUGGCUUAUCAGAUGACCAUGUUUGACUGGGAGCUCUUCAGCUGUGUGCACGAGCACGAGCUGCUCUACCACACGUUCGGCCGCCAGAGCUUCAAAAGAACCACGGCUAACCUGGACCUGUUCCUGAGGAGGUUCAACCAGGUCCAGCUGUGGGUGGUUACUGAAGUCUGCCUCUGCACUCAGCUCAGCAAGAGAGUGCAGCUCCUCAAGAAGUUCAUCAAGAUAGCGGCACACUGUAGAGAAUUUAAAAACCUCAACUCAUUCUUCGCCAUCAUUAUGGGGAUGAGCAACCCUGCUGUCAGCAGACUGAGCCAAACCUGGGAGAAACUCCCCACCAAGUUUAAGAAGUUUUACGCCGAAUUUGAGAGCAUGAUGGACCCAUCAAGAAACCACCGGUCUUAUCGACUUACUGUAACCAAGCUGGAGCCGCCAAUCAUCCCCUUCAUGCCUCUCCUUCUCAAAGAUAUGACUUUUACACAUGAGGGCAACAAGACUUUCAUUGACAACAUGGUCAAUUUUGAGAAAAUGCGCAUUAUAGCAAACACAAUUCGACAAGUGAGGCACUGUAGAAGCCAACCAUUCAAUCCAGACAUUUGCCAGCCAAAUAAGAAUCAGGCGGAGGUGCGAGGUUACGUUAGGAAGCUCUGCGUGAUUGACAACCAGAGGGCGCUGACGCAGCUCUCCUACAGGCUGGAGCCUCGGCGAACAUGAGCUCCACCUCUUCCACCACCAUCGCCUUCUCUGUGACGUUAGCAUUUAAAAACAAAACACACACACACACAUUACCUGUUUUAAUCAAGUCAAAACAAAAGGGAUAUUUAGUAGCAAAUCCCAGCAGUGACUUUAUCUCUAACGUGGACUCUCAUGGGUCAAGGACUUCUACUGUGCCGUUAAACGCCUCUUCCCGCUGGACAGACUGAAACUGUUCAGCUGCUCUCUCAUCGCUGUGUCUCAGCUCCUGGACUGAUGGGUCAUAUUGUUCCAGUUGUUACUGUUUGAGACUUGUUAGAUAGAUCUAUAAUGUAUAGAACGUGGAUCAAUAUCCUGCAUGACUGAGUUCCAGUGAUCCAUAGGCUUUGUGUUCUAUACAGUGGAUUUCUAUCAGAGAGUCCUGUACUGUUGUGUUAACCCGAAAAGAGUCCUAGUUUACAAUAAAUGGCUUUAACCUGCCUGUCGAACAAACCUGACUAUCCUAUUCAUGGGAAAACCUGUAAGGUGUAACGUCAGAAGCUCCUUUUCCAUGCCACAGAAAUCUGAGAGUUUGUAUUUGCUUCAUAAUCCAAAUUAUUCUAAUCAAAGUUUUUGAAGUAUUUAGGAUUUCCUGCAACAGAAUCAGUAUUUCUUAACUAGUCAGACAAUGCAAAACUAAAUAACCACUUAUUAGAAUAAAUAAAGUCCUUAUGGUAUUACAAAACAUGUUUCAAAGGAUCCCCCGCAGUAUUACCCGUUUCUGUUGUUGUGCAGCUAUAACCGUAAAUCCUUCAGACUGAUGGCAAUGCUCGAUUUGAUCUAUUCUGAGAUCAGCUGGACGACAACGUUGCAUCGUUUCAUUGGGACUGAUUUGUAGAUUUAGAGUCUGAGGACAACGUCGAUGUUUGAGGCCAACCCCUCGUCACAUUCGGUCCGUGCGAUUUUAUUUUUGUGUGUGUACAAUUUCGAGUGUGUGUUGUUCAUUUUCCUUUUGAUCUCAGGAGUUUUUGCUGUGAUGGUGUGCGAGGCUGGCUUUCCCCCGAAGCUGCCUGUGAAUUGUGUUUUAUGUGUAGUCUGCCUUGUAAAUAAAAAAUAGCUAAUUUAUCAGCAA